AUGACGAUUUUCGAAUCCUAUACGAACGAAGGCCCCAGCGCAACGUCAAUCUUCUGCGCGCAAGGAUGGAGCGCAUUCACGGUUCAUCGCACACUGUUUCCUCCAACCUCAACCUCGACAAGUGCUAGUACCACUUCAUCUUCCACGACCACGGCUGCGAUAACCUCUUCUCCGCAAUUCACCACUACUCAACCUUCGCAGACCAGCACAUCGAGCUCGCCAACGAAUACCCCUGUAUCGCCAGACCCCGCGCCUGAGAGUAAGGCAUGGAUAGCAGGUGCCGUUGUCGGUGCUGUUGCAGGUCUGGCGAUUCUUGCAGGCUUCGCGUGGUUCAUCUAUCGCCGAAGGCAAAAUAAGCGAAGUGACGAAAAGCAGCCGGAUGAGAGAUACUCAUCGAAUGCACUUCUGGGAUUUCACGAAGGUUCUCCGAUAGAAAUGUCGGCGGACCCUAGUCAUCACGAAAUGGCCAAUACUCUGGCUGCGCAAGAGCUUGAUGGUCGCUACAAGGGAGCGGCGGUACCUCGUGGGCCUACUGCGCCAGGGUUGAUGAGCCCCCAGGAGUUAGAUGCAUCCUCGCUCAGAUCAUCACGAAGGUGA